AUGUGGAUCACUAGUCUCGGCACUAUGAGGGAUGAAGUGAUAUUGGAUUUGAUAAAGGAUCCCCAAGACAGCCUCAUUCCUGGGCCUCCUCCCACCCCCAAGCAAGUGGCAGUUUGUAAUGAGACUUACUUUGGGCACCAGAUUUUCCCCUUAAAAGGAACUUGAUUUAAAACUGUGCAUUGCCAAGGGCAAGGAGCCGAGAACAUGGAUAGAGAGAAGUUUCAGCAGAAGGCUCUGAAGCAAACUAAGCAGAAGAAAUCCAAGUCGGCUGAAUUUCUGAUGGUUAAAGAAGAUAGAGGAACUACAGAAGGCAUUGGAAAUCCAGCUUUUAACAUAAGCAGCCCAGAUCUCUCGGCACAUCAGACUUCAGAAGAGAACGUUAUUAGACAUGACAAGACCGAUCGCACCCUUGCAGCUCACCAACAAAAAUUUGGGCUGCUAGCCUGUGCAGAACCAAAAGGAAAUGAAUACGGCAGAAAUUACUUUGACCCACUGAUGGAUGAGGAAAUAAACCCAAGGCAGUGUAGGAUGGAGGUCAGCAGAGAGGGUGAUUAUAGAAUUCUCUAUAAUUGAUUAAUGAAGCUGUUUGAUGAGAGUGGACGAGGACAAUCCCAAGAUGAGAGCAUUGAGAAAGAGAUUUUGGAUUCUGAGGCACUCAUGUGUUCCAGUAAGAGUCAUGAAAUCUGCAAAGAGGCCGAGGAAGCCACCCCUGCUUAUGUUGAGGAAUUUGAAAGACAUGCUCAGAAGGACAUAAUUCUUCUCCAUUACAACAGAUAA